AUGGAAAAAAUAAGAUCGGACAAAAUGAGUGACGUACAAAAGGCGUCAUAUUUGGAAGCCUACAUGGCUCAACAAGCUGUGGCUUUACAGCAACAAAAUAAAUUCCGGUAUGAUAAUAUACCAUUACCGAUGGACGAUAAAAAAAAACCUGCAACUCUUUCAAAUGGAAACGCUGGAUCAACAUCGUCGAAAAUAUUUGCCAAUCAGGUAGGAGGAUAUUCAAAUUAUGCGGCACCAAUUAAAGUACCUCAGUUGCAAACUUCAGGUUCUGACUCUUACAAAUCGAAUAUAGAAUCAACAUUUACCGUACCGGAUGAUGGCAUGGGAUACGAUGAUGGAGUUCGAGUUUUAAGAACAUUGGGUUCAUGGCCAUCCACUGGAAUGCUAUUUUCGGAUUUGCCAUAUUCCCAUGCUGAUAUCAAUCAACGAAAACUUACAUCAGCCGUUUUACCGACACCUCUUCCAGUUCCACAAUCCUCAAAUCAAACUUCAUUGACAAGACCAACGCCUACAAUGGCACAACCGAAAAAAGAAGACACUACUGCAUUGGGAUCAGUUAGAAUUCAGACAACGCAACAACAUCAAGGAUCACAACAGCAACAACAACAACAACAACAACAGCAGCAGCAGCAAACACAGCAACAACAGCAAUCAUUAUCGAGAACAAAUUCUGUGGCUCAAACAAAAAACGCUCAUGUAUCAUCAGGUCUUCCGAAUACGGGAAAUAAAUCUUUUACUUGCACUAUAUGUGGUAAGACCUUAGCGCGAAAAGAUAAAUUAGUGAUACACACACGUAUUCACACUGGAGAAAAGCCUUACAUAUGUGAAGUAUGUGAUAAAGCGUUUGCUAGGAGAGAUAAAUUAGUGAUUCAUAUGAAUAAAAUGAAACAUCGCACCCCAACAAAUAUUGCUCCUUUAGGGAAACGAACAAAUAUCGACAAGAAUUCAGCGGCCAAAAAAGCUUUACAGGAAGAUAUUGAUGAGAUACCCAAAGCUACAGCUUUAAGCAUUCAGUCAGCUGCAGCAAAUUGGUCGUGUGAACUUUGCGGCCAAAUGAUGACCACGAGAGAAGAAUGGACGGUUCAUGCAAAAGCACAUCUCGAAGAGAAAAUAACGGGUAUAGGUGUUAUAAGCCCAAAUAAUUUUCCCAAUAAUCAGAGGUCGAUUGGAAAUUACAAUCCGAACUCCGUCCACAUGCCUGGAAUAGGAAAUUCAGCUUAUCCUACCGUUCCACAACAUGCUUCCCCUUAUCAACCUUUUAGUAUAUCAGAAAUGCAAUAUUGCCCGGUGUGUCGACAAACAUUUGCAACAAAAUCAGAAUUUAUGCUUCAUGUGAGAGCACAUUUUGAUAAUGUUAUAAAACCUCAUGAUAGUGAUACUGCGAGACAACCGGCAACUAAUUCUUCGAGCACUGCUAUCAUUGACAACACGAGCAUUUGUAGUUAA